AGUUUUCUCUGCAGUUGUGUCCUCGUUCUUCUUGUCCCCCCUCUUCUUCACGUACCACUACCUUCCCCUCAACUAAACUUCACUAAUGGCUGCUCAGGCGACUUUCAAGUCUAUCAAGGCCGUUGUUCCCCUCCUCGACCGCGUCUUAGUCCAGCGCUUCAAGCCCGAGACUAAAACCGCCACGGGCAUCUUCCUUCCCGCAUCGGCGACCUCGAGCCCUCUCCCUGAGGCCACUGUCAUUGCCGUUGGCCCCGGUGCUCCUAACAAAGAGGGUGCCGUCGUGCCCACGACCGUCAAGGCUGGCGACCGUGUCCUCCUUCCCGGCUGGGGCGGCAAUUCGAUAAAGGUUGGCGAAGAUGAGUACUUCCUCUUCAAGGACUCCGAGAUUCUCGCCAAGAUCCAGGAGUGAGCGCCCAUAUAGUCGACCUUGCACCAUGCUUGUCGGUCGUGGCCUUUCGCAGCAUGAACGGCCCGUAGGGUGUAAAGCGGAGAGUGACGGUUCGAGAGGUGGAUGCUAUAGACGGGAGAGGUAGACAGGAUGCGAGGGGGUUCAGACGCUUAGCAUAUAUUCAUCAACGUUAUGGUUCCUCUAUGGCACUGCUAUAUUCAUUAAUGGGCUAUUCCACUGCAUUACAUCGCAAUACAUUGUCACGCAUCCCCA